CACCCUCACACCCGAAGCACACACCCUCUUGGGCACUCACAAACCCUAGCGCGCACACGCUCACACGGCCGAGCGGCGAGGGGCGGGGCAGGUGGCCGCCGGUGCCCGGCCCCGCGUGGCCAGGAGAGGGCGCGGCGCAGUGGACCGCGGCAGAUGCUGGAGUUGUUUCCCCCAGCCGGGGCGUGGAGACACUAGCAGCGAGCCCCGCCAGCUCUGGCUGCACUGUGCUGGGCGGCCCCGAGGGAGCGCGCCCCAGGUCACGCCGGCGCCCGCGAGCGGAGCGCGGCGGAGAGCUUACCAUGGACCGCAAGGAGGGCGCUGGCGAGGAGGAUGACUGCGUGGACUCGGGCGCGGAGACCGGAGGAGCAGAUUACAGUUAAAAGAGCCAAACUGCCAGUGAGCUUUCCGUGGAGGAGGCGCAAGACCCUUUCCUGGUUAGCAUCCACAUAAUCGCAGACCCAGGUGAAUCCCAACCCCUGCAGGAGGCCAUCGACAAGGUCUUGGCUUGGAUCCACCCAGACUUGCAGCUGUUCCGGGUGUCCGAAAGGAGGGCUUCCCGGCGGCGGCGGAAGCCACUGAAGGUGGCGCAGCCCGCGCUGGCGGUGGUUCUCUUCCUGCAGGAGGAGUACGGCGAGGAGCAGAUCCUGCAGCUGCACCGCACGCUGCAGCGGCCGCCCUGGCGCCACCACCACACGGAGCGCGUGCCCGGCAGGUUCCUGCCUUACCUGCCCUGCAGCCAGGACUUCUUCACGCUGGCCCCUGGGACGCCACUGUGGGCCAUCCGGCCUGUGCACUACGGCCGGGAAAUCGUGCGCUUCACUGUCUACUGCCGCCAUGACAACUACGCAGACAUCCUCAAGUUCUAUGAGCUGAUCCUCAGGCGGAGCCCCACCCAGAAGAAAACGGACUUCUGCAUCUUCCCCAUUUUCUCCAACCUGGAUGUGGACAUCCAGUUCUCCCUGAAAAGACUGCCCUGUGACCAGAACCCGGUCCCCACCGACUCCUCUGUGCUGGAGUUCCGCGUCAGGGACAUCGGCGAGCUAGUGCCUCUCCUGCCCAACCCCUGCAGCCCCAUCAGUGAGGGGCGCUGGCAGACCGAGGACCACGAUGGGAACAAGAUCCUUCUGCAGGCGCAAAGGGUGCACAAGAAGUUUCCUAAACCCAAAAGAGCUCACCGCUCCUCGGCGCAGAAAGUUCAUGCUAUGCCUUCCCCUAGUGCCACCACCCCGAGCCGUACCCCUGGCAGAGGCCAGCGGCCUCUGCUGGACAGUCCACACCUGGAGCCCAGCCAGAUGGUCCUGCCUGCUGAGCACCGACAGGAAUUCACCAGACGAGCCAGCAGCACCCCCAGCCUUUCCUGGUCUUUCCAGAGAAGCAAGUCCUUGUUUUGUUUACCCACUGAAGACCCCUCCCCAGCCUCCUCGGCUGUACCAGGAUGGUUUUCAAACACAGGUGCCCCAGGGCACUGGGCGUCAGAAUGCAGGCACACCCACCCCCUCUCCAUUGAUGACUUAGAGGGGGCCCAGGAAACGGACGUGGACACAGGCCUGCGGCUGUCCUCCUCAGACCUGUCUGUGGUCUCUGCGUAUUCCGCACCCAGUAGAUUCUGCAGCUCCUUGGAAACACCCCUCCCCUAUGAAAGGUGUGGCAGCCACUGGCCCAUGCACAAGGGUUCCAUAGAAGAACCGCUGCCCGCUGGGAGCGUGGUGACCACGGAGACCUCCCGGGCUUCCCUCCCUUUCUUCACUAAAAGGCCUUCCAGCUCCUCGGCCACAGCGGUUGCUGCUGCCCCAGCGUCUAGUGCCGCCUCACUCCCAGAGUCAUCCCCCAAGCUCUCUGGUGAUGCUCCCAAUGCCGAGUGGACAGGCAGAGACGUUCUACCACCCUUAGCAUUGGCUGGACCCGGGGACAAUGACACUGAGGAAUUCUACAUCUGAACACCUUUUACUCUGGUUUUUCAGGCACAGGGCUCAGGCCCCACGGCCCCUCUGGGGUCUGAACACCGCCCCUGUUCUCAGCCCAGCUUUCCCAGAUCUGUCUGGAACCUAAUUAUCUGUUUCAUGGGGCUCGUUAGCACACUUGCCAUGCCACCCAUGCUUACCUGAGAGGUGGUAUAUUUCUAGGGACUCUGGGAAAAUACUGGCAUUUUUAAGCAAAUAAAUUCUCAAGAAACUUAAGUCGUAAAAUAUAUUUUUUGAACACUCAAUUCUAUUUGAGAUAUGGUUGAGUGUGCUUAUACAAUUUAAAUGCUUCAUAUAAUUAUUUUAAAUGAAAAGAAAACCUAUUCAGCCAGAGCCAAUUUGGCAGUUUUUCUUGCUGUAAAGGAAAAACAACUAAAGCCAAAAUGUUGAAUGUGGGAAAGAUACUAAGUGACUUGUAUGAGAGAUUAGUGCACAGUAACAUAAUAUACAACUUACUGGGUUCUCCAGAUAGAUUUGCACUACCAGGGAACAGCGACCCUAAGAAUUUCCAAGCACUGCGUAUGGUGAAAAAAGUCCACUUGUUAAGACAGCUGUAAACAUAUCAGACUACAGUAAUACCUCAACUUGAUGCCAUGCAACAUCUGAAAAUCUGGAUGUACACUAAAGUGGCAAGUAUGCUUUAUAAAGAUUUUGCAUGAGUCACAGAUUUUUGGUGCAUUUAAAAUAUGAUUUGAGUUCCAAAAACUAGAUUUGCCUCCACCUCUCGACAAUAUAUUCACUGUCACAAGUGAGGGGCUACAGAAGACCCCUCCACCACCUGGAUGUAUGUGGAUCACUGAGGAAGAAUCCAUCAUUAGUUACAGAAUAAUAAGAUUUAGGCAUAGUGGGCAGGUAGUCUUAGGAUUCUUCCAUUUUAAAAACCACAAUCUAAGGGCUAUAUAUGUAUAUAUCUAUAGAAAUCACAGGAGCCACAUUUUAUACUGCUUUCUCCAGUAAAAUGUAUUGUCAUCCUGUCUUCUUCAUUUUUAAAUAGCUUGUAACAUUUUAACUGGCAUGUCGAAUGCACAGAUUAAUAAAUGCCCCCCUCUUCUCCAAAUGGGCAGCUUUACACGACGUGCUCCCCUGAACAAAUACUGUCGCGUAGAUAGCCUUGCAUGAGUGCACAGGAGCCUUAAUCAAAGCCGGAGCUCUCGCCCGACCGUGGCCCUUCCUGCCUGUUUGUCGGCUUCUGUCCCAGUGUGAAUGGUAUUUACAUUUCACCCCUCUCCCACUCCCGUAAGGGUAUGUUUACAGUUCCAACCUCAGCAAUGCCAAGUGUGGGCAUCGGGAGCAAUGCCAAGCUCUCUCUCUGGUUGCUGUUUACCUUUGGGGAAGCAGAGCACGGAUUCGCCUCGCUCAUUUCCCAAUCUGGUGCUCUCUGUUUAAAUGUUCACCUCCCUGGAAGUGCCCACACCAGCCCCGACACAGCCCAGCAUCGUCAACACGGCCCUUCUGGCAGCUGUUACCAACCAUCAGACUUGCGCUGAAGCCUCAAUCAUUGCCAUACCUGCAAUGAGAGCCUUAGAUCCUGCCCCCAGCAUCCUGGAUGUUCCAAAACUCCGAAUUAUCAUAUUCUGCUCCAGUUUAAGUAAAUAAAAAUAUGGUCUUUUAUAAUUUCUAGACCAGGAGUGAGCAAACUUUCUGGGAAGGGCUAGAUAAUAAAUAUCUUAGGCUUUGCUAGCCAACUGGUCUCUGUCAAAACUGCUCAACUCUGCCAUUAUAGCAUGAAAACAGCUGCGGAUAAUAGGUAAAUGAGUGGGCAUGGCUUAGUUCCAAUCAAACUUUAUUUAUAAGAAAAGGUGGAGGGCCAGAUUUGUCCCAAGUGUUGUAGUUUGCCAAUCCUUGUGCUAGACUGAGGCAGAUUUAAGAUCCCAGCCAGUCGGCAAUAAAGAAUCUAGGUCUGCAGCCCUCUGUGCUGUGAUACAUGAGGCUAACAGAGUGAGGUCCUCAGGUAAUGCCAAUGGCUACAGAACUACAGGGCGCAGAUCGGGGAGGGGCUUCUUUUUGCAGAGAUGAUUCCUAGAAAACCACUAGCUUGUGCACCUCCUGCCUGAAAAUAUGACAGUCAGUAGCUGAUGAUGAAAAGCAACAUGCUAACGUUAGGAAGGAAGAGAAAACUAACUUUGAGGUGUCUAUUGCAAGGACCUUCUUCACUGCCAGUUAUCAUGGGAUAGCAGCACUGAAUACUGUAGACAUUCACUUUGCUCAGUAACACUUGAACUGUUGCAGUAUUUGAUUAUCCAUCUGGUUGUUACAGAAAAAUUCUAACCGUAAUUGAUGGUUGUUGCCAUAAUAGUACAUUGCCUGUAUUUCUACCUCUAGUAAUGGGCUUUAUGCGCCCAAGGAUUUUUAAAUCCUUGAGCCUGGGCAAGUAAACAAGUCUUUUUAAAAGAAACCUGGUAUACUAGCACAAAACUGAUCAAUUUUGAGAAAUCGUUAAUGCUCUUGAAGUGGUUUUUGUGGGUAUGAAACAAAUGGUGAGAAUUUGAAUUGGUCCCUCUUAUUAUAGUAUUGAAAUUAAGUUUACUUAAUUUAUCAUGUCAUGUUCAUGCCCUGAUUUUAUAUACUUGUAUCUAUCAAUAAACAUUGUGAUAGUUGAUUUAAAAAAAAACAAAGGAAAAGAAAAGCAACAUGCUAAAGUUAGGGAAGAGGAGAAAAAUAACUUAGAGGUAUGACGCAGCCUCCAAGGAAGAGGGCGGGAGUAGCAAGUCAACGAGGCGUGAGUGGACCACCUGCCACGUGAUGGCUCCCCCGUCUUCAUCCUUAAUCAGUACGCUUAGUUUAGUGUACUCGCAUGCACCCCUAGGAUCGAUCACCUUAGAGCCCAACUCUGAUGCUCCCUGGUCCCACCCUUUUUCAGUGACCCACUCGCAGCACAGUCCAUUCAACCAAACCUACUCCAAAGGAUGUCAACACCACCAUUAAAAAGCAGAAAAAGAUGCCACCAUAACACAGAGAAGGGACGAAAGCUCACGACAGACCACAUUCAGGCCCUGCCCUACCCUACCCUACCCUCCAGUGCUUUGGUCGGAAACGGCAGUCACUCCGGAGUAGGAGUCACAGAAACACUUAAGAGAGCCCCAGCUUCCAUUUAUAGCCAUUCACUAGCAUUUUCCUCUUCCACAGCGGCUCCUGACACCCACUGGUAGAUCUGACUCUUGGAUUAGUAUUGUGAUAGAUGCUGGCAUACUGUAGGUGCUCAAUAAACUUGUUCAAUUU